AUGAUGAUACAAUCGCUGCUUCACUACUCAGAGCAGAACAAUGUGGAUGACGAUGGUGAUUUUCCUCCAUUGCUUCGCAGCGUGAUUCGCCCCGCAUCGCACUGCCCGUUAUUUGAUUUGAAAAUUGAGGAAGAACACACAUGGCCUUGCGCCAACUUGCUUAACGGCAACGCUCGCUACCGAGUUCAAUACCAGAACGGAGCACAUCUUGUAAUGAGUGAUAACCGUCUUCUUGUGGUUUGUAACGGUGAGCACUUUUAUUGUCCGCCGUGGAAUACCCCCAUCCGUGAUGCGUGCGUCCAACGGCAAGGGGCAAACGGAAAUUCCAUUCUAGCGGUUGGUCUUGCAGAUGGGCUGUAUUUGGCGCUACUUCAGAGGAAUCCACAGCUUCAAGUCACGGAUGAUGUUUUUCUCACCAUGAAGCAAUCAGUAGAAAAGAUUGUCUUUUUACGUGACGGCGAAAUGGCGCUCUGUUACGGGAAUGCUCAAGUGGAAAUUUAUCGGAUCAACACAGAAAAUCUCCAGAAGGUGAGCCUUGUCUCAAUAAACAGAAAUCACACGUUAAAUCUUUUUCAGGCUGUGGCAUCUCUUUGGGACACAAGACGGUACCGCGACAGCGCAUACGAUUCUGGCAAUGGAAGGAUGUUCGUGUUGUCGGACAUUGAUCUUACAGUGUGGGCCUAUAAAUCAACGGAUGCAUUUGCUGCAGUGUGUUCUGUACGAAUUCAAGAGAAUGUAGUGGCUGUGCUUCCAAGUUCUCAAUUGCAUCGAUACGCCAUGCUCGUUUUCAAUGAUGGAGGGCGACAGCCUGUGAUUGUUGAAGAAACAUUUGCAAAGCGAUCUGAUGAGACCCGUACGGUGAUUCGUUUGGGCGCUGUGCGUCCGUUGCCCGAAGAUGUUCUUCUUGACACUGUUGAAUUGGCGUGUCAGGAUGCUGAGGGAAAUACAAUGUUGUAUGACUCACGGAAAUGCACAUUGGUGAUGCUUACUGUUGCCUCGCCCAUUUACGAGGAUAUUUUUGAUGUAGUGGAAGUUGUAUCCCCUCUUCGAUUGAGUACUAGAGCCGUGGGAGUGGCGUGUGUCAGCGAGCUACAGGAUCUCUCUGCGUCUUUUAUUGUAUAUGGCAAGGGUGGGAUUCUUUGUCGUAUUGGCGUGCGAUCCCUUGGCUACAUGUUUUAUGGUCUUUUGCAAAAGCAGGGCUUAACUGACGUGAUCCGCGCCUCGUUGCACAGGCUUGGGCCAAAGAGGGGAAUAGAAGCAUUGGUAGGGGCAGCAUUUGCCGGUGCCUCGAAUGAAGUUUUGUCACCACUUUUACAAGAGUUUAUGCAACCAUCCUUUUGUGAAAAUGAAAUGCGUGUGGCUCCUGGAGUAAAUGGAAUCAUUUCCCUUGUGAAUCGCGAGAUUACUUUGGCAGAGUGUUUGUGGAAUGCACCAUUCUCAUGGCAUCUGAUACCUGACUUAGAACGUAUUGCCUUGCAAUUAUGGGCGUGGCAUGAAAAACUGGAGGCGCUGCUGCGUCCAUAUGGUUGGUUGGACUGCCCCAAGCAGCUAAAUCUUUCUUGGAAUGGCUUUGUGGCCACUUCCCACGACCACUUUACCAUAAGAACGGCUCUUAAUACGCAGGCUAUGCUUCUGGAAACACUUUUAAAAGGACUGCGUGACGCCGGUGUAUUGUGCUGGCUUUACAGCCUGUUAUUGCGGGGGAAACCUGGUAUAGAUACUAUGAGACAGAAUAGACUGAAACCCAUUGUAUGGGGUGACAACCCAAGCUCAACUAUUGCAUCACUUUGCAUGGAGACUCUGUCAGCUGCUGAUGGUUUUGUUAUGUCUCAACUUGAGGCUCGGAAGAACGUUCUCCCGAUACGCGCCCGCCACGCCAUAAGCAUUCAUCUUUGCAUCUCAGGAAAUCAACCUGAUGCGGCACUGGCGUAUGCCUGUGAUAAUGUUCGAUCGCUGCGCCAUGAACAGGUAUUUGAGUAUGUGGCGGAAAAGCUAGAAGGCACAUUUCCUGAGCGUAUGCCGCACCUCCGGUUAUUGUUGUGUUGGCUGAGAUACAAUCGGGGCGCCAUUGUGGAACUGUUAGAGAUGCUGGAGCGAUACAGGAUAAGUGAGUCGUCAGAACAGUUGAAACUGCGUCUUGGAGUGGUCUUACAGGCUGUUACCGAGUAUCCUGCACUCCAGCACGCUGUGGUCCGCUGGAUGGUGAAUUAUCCCCUUGAGGAUGACCGUGUGAUGGGUUUUGCGGAGUUGCUAGAGGAACACUCUGUGGUUAUUGAUGAACCGCAAACUCUCACGGCUUUGUUUUUUGUUUCCUGGGCUAACCGUAAUCGGCGCCCCGCUUUGGCUGCGCGAGGAUUUUGCGACAUCGCAAGGGGCAGACGGCGGCUUGCACUUCCCUCAAGAAUUUUAUGCAUUAAGCUUGCAUUAGAGUUUGCCCCAACUGUAUCUGAACAGCUUGUCUAUUUUGUUCUGCUAUUGCAGGAGGAGUUGGCUGAAGCAAUUGAAGCAGCGUGGCGUGCGGAUGCAGCUCAAUCUGAUUCCUGGCGAGAAGGAAAGGUUGAGGCGGAUGUGGAUGAGUUGCGUCAUUCUUAUCUGGACGAGCGGCGACUCUUCCAGUUGGCAGGGGAGUACAAGGAGCAGGGUGGUGCGAAGGUUCAGUUGGACUUGCUGAAGGUGCACCCGGAGACACCAGAGAAGGUCACGGUGGAGGUUUUGCACGACUUGCUCGAGUUUCUCAUUAGAAAGGGCAUGAGCGCCACGGAGGCAGCGAGGAAUGUUGUGCGGGAAUAUUAUGACGGUUAUGCUGCCGGCUUGCCAUUGUUGCCAUUUGUUGCCCUUCUUGCCCAGCAUGGGGUUUCGACAGAGGAGAUCGCUACGUUGCUGCAGUCAAGCGGGGUGCCCACGUACGCUGUGGUUGAAUUCUUUUUCCACUUUCUGGAUGAGCGUAGCGAAGGAUUGACCUUCAAAAAGGGGUCAUUAGUGACGACACUGGUGGCGAUGUUAGCUCAACUGUCUGGCGAGAGCAGGGACAUCUGCGCGGCAUAUCUGCUGGAGCGCAUCCAAAACUUGCUGGAAGGCGAGCAAAAAGCAAUGGCGGCAACAAUAACGACGAAUAAAAUCCUACAGGAAAGUGACAUCAUGCAGCUGCAGCGUGCGGAAUCCUUACUGAAGCGGCCACGCACUGUGUCUCCUCCAUGA